AUGGAUGGCGCCUCGAAAGGUCUCCUAGGAGGAUUUGCUGCGUUUACACUCGGAAGUGGCCUAGCAACAUUAGGAUAUGGAAUAUUCUUAUUAUAUCGUCAUUUUGGAUUCGGUUAUAAUUAUGGCGAUUUUAACUUAUUUAUCGCCAGUAUUGUCCUGAUUGCCGUGGGCAGUGUAUUAAUACUUACUUUACUUCUGGGAGUACUUGGCGCCCUCAAGGAUAUUUCUCAUUUACGUUUGGCGACAUUGGUAUUUCUUUUUAUUUCACUCGUCAUACUAGCGACCGUCGGCGUUUAUGGCAUGGUUUUACAUCAGACAGGCCGGUUACAGAAAAGUACAACUGAUGAAAUCAAUAAUUUGAAUGUAAACUAUAAAAACAUAAGUGAUCAAUUAAAAACGAAAGCUGACGCUUUGAAUAAGUAUUACCAAUGUUGUGGCUUUUUCAAUGAGUACAAUCCAUCAGAAUACUAUGACGGAGCUCCUGACAGUUGCUGUGCAGACUCAGAUUGUACAACUAACUCAAGCAAGAAAAGAUAUUACGAAAAAGCUUGUGCUAGUAUCUACUUUGAAGCAAAAGGCAAGAUCGUUUUCUAUGUGUCAGUCUUUGCAUUGAUAGCUGCCGGCGUGGUACUUCUUGCACUUAUAUUAUACGCAGGUUUAUCUCAACGUGCACGUGAAGGUUACGCAGCUGUUUCUCGUGGUCCAUUAAAAUAA